UUGGAUAUCGUGAAAAUUUUAAAUCUGCCGCUUGGCUAACGCUAGAGAACAACACAUCUGUCAUCUGUUAUUUUUACACAACCAACAAAACCCUGAGAAUCAACAGCGUAAAAAUAAAAGUUGGAGAAUAUAUCGAAAUUUAUAAAUAUCUUUUAUAUAUCAAGAAAUUGUUAGCGUGCACAAUGAUCCCCUCAAUGUUCUAACACAACCGUGAAUGACUUUCUUAUCCCUUUUGUUUUUUAGUAAUAGAGAUUAUUUUUUAAUCCAAUUCUAUGAGCUCAUCAGAACAAUUAUCCGAACAAGACGAAGCUUCAAGGAGUAACCAAGAAGCCUCGUCUAGUAGUGAUACAAAACAACCACAUACAGAUAAGAAAGAGGAUAGAAUGAAACGGGCUGCUGCCAAGAAGCUUAUUGAGAGGUACUUUUACCAGCUGACCGAUGGCUGUGGGAAUCCAGGUUGUGACAACAAAUAUUGUGCUUCAAGUGGACAGAUGGAAACCCUGACACCUGACCAGGCAGCCGCUCAAGCUAUCAACCUGUUCUCACAGGACGCGAGACUUUGUGAAAGACACCCCAACAAAAUCGCACGCACUCAUUUACAAGCCGUUAACAUUAAACCAUUUAAAAAUGAAAAAGUUGUACCGACCAAUGAUGUGACCUCAAGCAAGGCCCACAACCACGGCGACAACGCCCUCAACAACAGACCAGUCGUAGCAAAGACAACAUAUUUAAAUGAACAAAUUCUGAUGGACCUAAUAGAUGACUGCAAGCGUAACGACAAUUUUUCACCGCUGAUUAGAACCUUAGGCGAAAUUUUUAGUAAUAUCGAAUGUUUAUCGAGGAGUUUCCUGCAAACCGACGAUUCCCUCUUGGACGGUAAAAAUACAACAGCAGGAGAUAGCAUCAAAGGUUUAAACAAAGAGACAGUCAGAGCUCUGGAAGGCGAAAAAGAUAAAGACGUGGAUUCGUCGGCGGUGGUUAGUAAAAAUUCAAUCCCACCAGUCGAUCUGCCUUCCCUAAAACGAUGUUACAAUGCCAUUUUCGAACUAGAUCCGCUAAUUUAUGAAACACCGUUAGUAAACGCCCUCGUGACGUUGGCCGGAAACCUUCAAAUGGAACUACCCACCAGAAAAGAUAAAGUCCACUGCGACGAUAUUGUAAACGUGCUCAUGAUUGUUUUCGAAAUUCCUGUUGUUGGUUCAGGAGACUUUUUGGAAACGGCCCUUCCGGCAAUUUGUAGGGCAUCGCAAUGCCUCAGCGUGGAAGUGCAAGCGAAGCUGGCUAGAAUGUGGUCAGGACCGCACAGAUCUAGCUUGCGCAAUAUCUUGGAAAACCUGCAGCAAUUAAUCACUCUCAGGGUGAUUGUUUCGCAGUUUCACAGGGAAUUUUUUGUUCAAGACGAAAACGUAAUCACAUCCGCCACAAAACUUAUGAAAAUUCUCUAUUACGCCAACAUGUUAGCCGGCGUCUUGGAAUCGUCAGAACUGAGAAACAUUGAAGACAUGAGCGCCUCAAUGGAGGACUCCUACGUGGCGAUGAAGCUCAGCAAAAAUAGCCCACCGCCGGAUCCGCUGGCUACGGAACUAGGCAUUAACGUUCUCGACUGCAGGACCCCAUACUUGCCAUUCUCGGAAUUUUACAAUGAACCGCUCAGUGAAGCCGUCGAAAUGGACAAGGACUUUGCCAACUACAAGGGCGACACUGGGAAGUUCAGUUUUAUGCACUAUCCGUUUAUUUUGACGCCCGCGACCAAAAUUAUGGGCCUGUACUUCGACAACAGGAUAAGAAUGUAUUCUGAACGUCGGAUUAGUAUUUUGCAGGCCGUAUCUGGGCAACCAUCACAGCCGUAUUUAAGGCUAAAAGUGCGUAGGGAUCACAUAAUCGACGACGCACUUGUUGAGUUAGAAAUGAUCUCUAUGGACUAUCCGAACGAUUUAAAGAAGCAACUCGUUGUGGAGUUCGAGGGAGAACAGGGUAUAGACGAGGGUGGAGUCUCCAAGGAGUUCUUCCAGUUGGUGAUUGAGGAAAUCUUCAAUCCCGAUUACGGAAUGUUCACCAAUUUGCCAGACACUCAGUCGGUGUGGUUCAAUCCGACGAGUUUCGAGAGCGAUGCUCAGUUCACGUUGAUUGGUAUCGUUCUCGGACUGGCUAUUUAUAACAACGUUAUUUUGGCCGUCAACUUCCCCAUGGUUGUCUAUAGAAAGUUGAUGGGGAAAAGGGGUUCGUUCGAGGAUUUGCAGGAGUGGAAUCCCCUGCUUUAUAACAGUUUGAAAUCUAUGUUGGACUACACCGAGUCGGAUUUUGAAGAAGUGUUCAUGCAAACUUUCAGGAUAAAUUAUACGGACGUGUUUGGCUCUGUAAUGUCUUAUGACUUAAAGGAAAACGGCGACACCAUAAACGUGACACAAGAGAAUAAAUAUGACUUUGUAGAUUUAUAUGCCAAUUAUUUAUUGAAUAAAUCAGUGGAAAAGCAGUUCCACGCUUUUUACAAGGGUUUCCAAAUGGUGGUUGAUGAAUCGCCUUUGGAAUUAUUGUUCCGUCCAGAAGAAAUUGAACUUCUAAUUUGUGGAUCAAAGAACUUUGACUUUGGAGAGCUAGAGGACUCAACUGAAUACGACGGGGGCUACACGAAUGAGACACCGAUUAUAAAAGACUUCUGGAGUAUAGUACACGCCUUCUCGGUUGAAGAUAAAAGAAAGCUGCUUCAAUUUACAACCGGUUCAGACAGGGUUCCAGUCGGCGGACUUGGCAGGUUGAAACUGGUCAUCGCUAAAAAUGGUUCGGACACAGAUAGAUUACCAACGUCACACACAUGUUUUAAUGUACUAUUAUUGCCGGAAUACUCGUCAAAGGAAAAAUUAAAAGAUAGACUUGUAAAAGCAAUCAACUAUUCUAAAGGGUUUGGUAUGUUGUAGUAGUUUUUUUUGUUCAAUGUGAUUACGUUUUGUAGUGUACAAUUUUUUAUUAGUAAUAAGAAGUAUUGUAAUUGUUAUUAAUUGAAUAAUUCGGGCAGAAUUUGAUUUUAAAAUUCAGUUGUGAUUUUACUGUUAUCACUGUAGAUACUAAAACAACAACAGAGUUCUUUUCAGUAAUAUUUUAUUACUAUUUAGAACCAAAUAUAAGAUAAAAUGAUUGAUAAAAAUAAAACUUUUUUAUGUUA